AACCCCGCUCCCCGCCGGCCCCGCCACCGCCGCCGCGGCCUCCUCGCCUCCCCCGCGCCCCGCCCGCGGCUCGCCGGCCGUGCCGAUCCGGCUCCGCGAUGACUCCCCGGCUGCCGAGGAGCCUGCGGCGGCUGCUGCUGCGCCUUUCCCUCUGGGUCCUCAUGGGCAGUUCGGUCCCCGCUGUGCUCCGGGCGGAAUUUAUGUCACCUGUAGACAGAAAUAAGGAAAGUGGAUUGAAAAUGCCAAACCUAUGCAAAUUUUGUGACAUUAAAGUAACAACCUGCUCAAAUCAACAUCAGUGCAAGAGCAACUGCAACAUCACUUCUAUCUGUGAGAAAACUAGUGAAGUCUGUGUUGCUAUAUGGAGACAGAAUGAUGAAAAUGUGACCUUAGAAACAAUUUGCCAUGAUCCCCAAAAAACACUUUAUGGUCACGUUUUGGAUGACUACAACUCAAAGAAGUGUUUGAUGAGGGAAAAGAAGGAAGAUGGAGGAUUGAUGUUCAUGUGUUCCUGUACAAGUGAAGAAUGCAAUGAUAUACUCAUUUUUACGUCAGACGACCCUCAAAAGCCACAGGAGAAAGAUGAAAUUUCCAAAGUCACAAUCAUAAGUCUUGUCCCAUUACUGGUGAUUUCUGUUGCUGUCAUUGUUAUCUUUUAUGCCUACCGCACUCAUAAGAAGAGGAAACUCAACAAGGCAUGGGAAAAAAAUGUUAAGCCCAGGAAACAUAAGGACUGCAGUGAUGUUUGUGCCAUUAUGUUAGAUGAUGACCGCUCAGACAUCAGCUCUACCUGUGCCAACAACAUCAACCACAACACGGAGUUGCUGCCCAUUGAGUUGGACAUUGUUGUUGGCAAAGGAAGGUUUGCUGAAGUGUAUAAAGCCAAAUUGAAGCAAAACACAUCAGAACAGUAUGAAACCGUGGCAGUCAAGAUUUUCCCCUAUGAAGAAUAUGCCUCCUGGAAAACUGAGAAAGACAUUUUUUCAGAUGUAAACCUCAAGCAUGAGAACAUCCUCCAGUUCUUGACAGCAGAGGAACGUAAGACAGAUCUUGGUAAACAGUACUGGUUGAUCACUGCAUUCCAUGCUAAAGGAAACUUGCAGGAGUAUCUCACACGACACAUUAUCAGCUGGGAGGACCUCUGGAAACUGGGUGGGUCCUUGGCCCGAGGGAUUGCCCAUCUGCAUAGCGAUCACACACCCUGUGGUCGUCCCAAAACCCCUAUUGUACACAGAGACCUAAAGAGUUCCAACAUCCUGGUGAAAAAUGAUUUAACCUGCUGUCUCUGUGACUUUGGGUUAUCCCUGAGGCUGGACCCUUCUCUGUCUGUGGAUGACCUGGCUAACAGCGGGCAGGUUGGCACAGCAAGGUAUAUGGCCCCUGAGGUUUUGGAGUCCAGGAUGAACCUGGAAAACAUGGAGUCCUUCAAGCAAACAGAUGUGUACUCCAUGGCUUUGGUCCUCUGGGAAAUGACAUCUCGCUGUAAUGCUGUCGGAGAAGUGAAAGAAUAUGAGCCCCCAUUCGGCUCCAAAGUGCGAGAACACCCUUGUGUAGAAAGCAUGAAGGACAAUGUCCUAAGAGACAGAGGACGACCUGAGAUCCCCGGCUCCUGGCUGAACCAUCAGGGCAUCCAGAUGGUGUGUGAAACUCUUAUUGAGUGCUGGGACCAUGACCCCGAGGCCCGGCUGACAGCACAGUGCGUUGCAGAGCGCUUCAGCGAGCUCAAGCACCACGACAGGCUCUCGGGAAGGAGCUGUUCGGAGGAGAAGAUCCCUGAAGAUGGCUCUGUGACCACUGCAAAGUAGUAUGUACCUGAGAGCUCAAAAAUGGAGGGAAGUCACUCCUAGACGUGUUCGCCUUGGCAAAGGAAGAAGUCUUGAUCAGUGCCUUGACUUGCUUCCUGGAGGACUGAGGCUGUCACUACUCCCUUUAGGCUGCAACUCUGAACAGGGAGAUGUAUUCUGUGAAUUAAAAGCUGGGGAGUAGCUGUCCUACCCUAGCAUUGGCAGCCGGCAUCAUGUCGUAGGAGGAGCUAUGUAUAUUAGCACUUCCUCAGGAAAUGAGAUUUGAAAAUAGCCAAUAACAUUAUGCACUUUAUUAAUGCCUGUAUAUAACUACGAAAUUGCUAUUUUUAUAUAUAUAUAUAUACAUAUAUAUAAAAUAAUGUGUGUGUAUGUAUAUAUAUAUCUCUAUCUAUAUAUCUAUAAACAUUCAUGCUCUGAAAGAAAAAAGUGCUUCCAGGAAAUGACCAGUGCAUUAGAAAUCCCUCCCCUUAAGGAAGGAGCCUGGGGAGACUGGUGUAGCACCACACCAGCAAUUGUGCACUAAGCGCUCUGCCAAAAAGAUAGGAAUAACAUGCAAUAAAAAGAUGACUUUCGAAGCAUGUGCUGUGAUCACCUGGCUGGGGCCCUGCAGUUCACAGUUGCAGGAGCAGCCUCGCAGCAGACAGUCCAAUUUGACUUUGCAACAGGACUGCAGCAUGGUCCUGUCUGCAGCACACUGUGGAAAGUUCUGGGAUGCCUAUUUCCUCUCACCUUAACCCCAACGUCCUCACAGUGUCCCAGAACAGGAGUGUGAGGAGGUUUCCCACAUGUGUGUUUUGAUACAGAGGUCGUUAAUGUUGUAUUUUUUUUUGUUUUGCUUUGAAUUCAUGCUGUUCACAAGCAGGUUGCAAAAUAUGAGCAGGAUGAGUUUUCCCCUCCUCCCAUCCCCAUGCCCAAACCAUACAGAACACAAGAGCCAGCAACAAUCCAAGCAGAUAUUUUGUAUUUGCUGUGCAUUCUGAGUGUGGGCAGUACUAUUUUUUUCCCUUACUUCUACCUUGGUUGUGUUGCUGUAAGAUCAAACUUCUUUUUUCCCUGUACAGCCUGUCUAAUUGCUUGAUACACCACAGUCUGACUAUGUUCCAUACUUUCCAAAGUAAGAGACAACAGCUGGUGCCUUUAUUUUUGCAAAAAGACCUUGGAGGUGAGGGAGAGCUCUGUAGCAAUAGAUUAAUGGCAUAUCCUGCCCACAGCAUUUAGGGCUGUCUCAGCAAGUCAGCAAUUCACAGAAGAAGAAAAAAAAAGAAACAAACCACAACCAAAAACCAAGAAAGAAACAUUGCUUACAUUCUUUCAGUUCCCCAAAAUGUUUAAGACAGUUGACAUCACAUUGGGCCUAUAUAAAUGACAGCAAUGUUUUUAAUAAGUGCUAAAAAUUUUGUCUUUAGGUGUUUUGCAGUGAUUUAUCCACUUUUCCCCAUGGGAUGUCAGCAGGCCUUGGAAGUUAGAAAUUCAGCCAGCACAAACCAGUCCUGGACAGAUGUAUCUGGUGUGAUUUUUUUAAAUACAUUUGACAGAUAAACAUCAAUAUGUCACUAGAAGAUGUUGCCAUGCAACUCAAUAGGAAUCAUGUAUUCAAAUAGGAGUUAAGAUUUAUGAUGGAAAAUAUUUUAUUUUAUUUGAAAUGGUUUUGUAACUGCUUUUUUUUUUUUUUUCAUUUUAACAAAACUACUCAGAAAUAUUUAAGCAGUGCAGGGCAAAAUAUCCACAUUUACGGUGGAAUUCAGAGGAUACUAUAUCAAAUUUUAUAGGGGGGAAAUGUUCUUGUAAACUCACAGGGCCACAGGCAAAGGUGGGGGCUGCAGGUAGGGGCAUAUCCAGGCAGGUGGAAUGUCAGGGCCCAUUUCUCUUCCUCCAUCCAUACCGAAAGUCAAGGAAUGGCAUGUGGUAGUUCCUGACAAUACUGACAUUUUUAUGGGGUUUUUUAACACUACAUGUAAAGGGAAAUUUUUAUUCUUUUAAGGAAUAUUUCACCUGUACAUCAUGUAUGAAAUAGGAAUGUGAGCAAUAUAUACUCUUGUAUAUCAAAAGUUUCAAACACUUAACUUGAUUUGUAAACUGUUUGAGGGGUUUUUCUGUCUUGUUUUGUUUUGUAUAAAUCAAACGUUUAUUGGAGCAAAUAAAAUAACACCAAGUCAA